AAUGAUGCUAGCAAUGGCAAUGCUGCUGAUUGUGAUAAGUGGUGGUGUUUAUGUCCUUGUAUCGUAAUGACGCGAUCAUGUAAUAGUGUUCAUGUAAACGUAUGGUAGUAGUCAUGUUGAUGACAAUAAUCUUACCAUGCAUCCUUAAUAUUACCUCGGCAGAGGAUAUGAAAGAAGUCCAAGAAACCCAUGAACUUCAACUAAAGAAAACCUACUCACAAGGGAAUCUAGAAACUCUAAUGAAACAUUUUAAAAAAUGGACAGGGAAGGACGAGCCUAAGAUUUUGUAUUUUGGUGAUAGUGCAAAAUCAGAUAUUUAUCCUACGAAAACAAUAGCAAAGUGGGAUGUUGCUGCUGUGUUAGAGGAGAUGGAGACAGAAGGAAUGGUUACCACAAGCCACAAUCAACUGGACGAAGAUGAUGGCAGUCCAAAGAGAAAAAGACCUAAAUUACUGGAGUUAGAAGUUGAAGAGGGCAAAGAAGAAGUGCUCCUCUCGGACCAGUGGGGGUCGUUAUUCACAGAUAAUGCUCUUCUCGGCCAACCAUGCAUUAAUGGCACAGCAAACACUGCUAAACACACCGAUGAGCCUAUCAAGACGGAAGGCCACUUCUACCACGAGAUGGAUACAUUCUGGGGAGACUUGAUCAGGCAGUGCUCAACGAUUGCCAUCCCCACUGCAGAUUUUAUAACAGGCUUAACGAAGGAUCACGAGUUCAGUACCUUUUCCGAGUCGUUUUUUGGUGGAUUCUAUCCAGGGGUACCUAAAUCGCUGUUAAUCGACUGAAUGCUUCUACUCCUGGACACACAUGGUUAACUGCGGCCUUUUUAUAGAAGAAAAGUCAUAACAGGCAAGGAUCAAACAAUAAACACAAAGUAAACAACGUAAUUUAGUACUUUUUAUUAAUAAUUAUAAAAAAUAAUUUAAUUCGUUACAUAAUAUAAAUAUUUAUUUUUUCCCUCCUAAUUUUGAAACCUAAUUUUUUUGUAGAUUUAAUAUUAUUUCAAAAUAGACCUCAAAAUUUGUAAAUGGAAUUGCCAUAGCCAAUAAAAAUGCGUCAUAA